AUGGCCGAAACCCUUUCUCUCGACGAGAUCCCCACCCUGACGUUGCUAUACAAGCUCAAGAAGAUCGAACCCCGCGACGACCAUGCCACGUCCAGAUACGAAGCAUCCGAUGCGCUGAACAACAAGAUCAGCGUCAUACGGCAAGACAUCACAACCCUCGCCGUCGACGCCAUCGUCAACGCCGCCAACACUUCAUUGCUGGGCGGCGGAGGCGUUGAUGGCGCCAUCCAUCGCGCAGCGGGGCGGGGCCUGCUGGAUGAGUGCGAAACACUCGACGGUUGUGAUACGGGAAGCGCCAAGAUUACAGACGGCUACGAGUUGCCCAGCAAGAAAGUAAUCCACGCUGUUGGUCCGAUAUACUGGAAAGAAGGCGCGACGCGCUCAGCAGAACUGUUAUCAGGCUGCUACCGCACCAGUUUAGACUUGGCAGUUGCGAACGGGUGCAGGAGCAUCGCCUUUUCGGCUUUGAGCACUGGCGUAUACGGCUACCCGAGCGGUGAAGCCAGUCUCGUCGCGCUCGAGACAGUCCGCAAGUUUCUUGACGACGAGGCCAAGGCAGACAAGCUUGACCGUGUCAUCUUUUGUAACUUCCUCCAAAAGGAUGAGGACGCCUACUUCAAGAACAUUCCUAAUUUCUUCCCACCCAUUGCCUCUGACUCCAAGACGCAAGAGGAACAGUCUACCGAGCCGUCCGAGCUCGCAUCGCAGCUUCCCGAUGCCCCAACGGCCGAGCCACAAGAUACCGACGAUAUCGAGCAGCCAUCCCCCAAGAAGCAGAAGACGUCUGAUACCGACGAUGACUUUGUCGUCGUAGAGAAGGAGGAUGUCAACGAUGACAAGUCUGAGCUUUGA